GCCUGGCGAAGGCGCGGAGGCGAGCGCGGAGGAGAGCAGCCGCUGGCGCCGCCGUAACCGUCAGGGCAUCAGGAUGGCGGUGGGCUCUGUCAAGAUGCAGCCGCCUUGCGAGAGCCCGGCCCUGGCCUCGGGGGCCCCGGCCGACGGCCCCCUGCGCCGCAGCCCGAGCGCCCGGGAGCCGGAGCGCGAGCCGCCCGCCGCGUCCCUGCGACCGCGCCUCAGGGACCUGCCUGCGCUGCUGCGGAGCGGGCUCACGUUGCGGAGGAAGCGGAGCGCCGCCGGGGCCCGGACUCUUUCAAGAAGAAUUUCCAAUCCAUACCUUGAACAUAGUCCUUCUCAGAUUUAUGGAGAGAAUUCUUCUUGUGCAGGAAGAGCAUUAAGGAAUAUUAUUAUCGUUCAAGCAGCUGACCUGGUAAAGGACAGAGUGAAUCUCAAGGGGUUUUACAGGAGAAGCUGCGUGGGGUCAGAGCUGGUCGACUGGCUCCUGGAACACUGUCCUUUUGUCCAGUGUAGAUCUAUGGCCAUUGGGGUCUGGCAGCUCCUACUGGAUAUGGGGAUUAUGUCAUCAGUGGACCAACAUCUAUACUUCCAAGAUAAUUACGUUUUCUACCAGUUUUCUUCGGAUGAAUGCAGCUACCUGUACUGUGAAUUUGAAAGAGAGGAAGAGUGGCAGAAGGGAGUGAAGCUUUUGCUGGAGCUUGUGCAUCUCAUCCCUGCGAGAGCUGGCAUCUGUGACCUGUCUCACCAGAAAGCGGAAGACUCGGAAGAAAGCAGCGAUGAAAUUCUUGCUCGGCUAACGUCUGCGGUGCAGAGAGAGCUAGCGGCUGUUAUUGCUUUGAAAGCAAGAAAGUCUGCAAUUGAGCAAGAUGAUGAAAACGCUGACAAGCACGUGACUGUGACGGAGGCUAACGACAGUCCCGAUCCUCAGGCUGGGGUCAUGUGCAAGCUUCAAGAGAGAGAUGAUAUCGGACGUAUUGAGCUGGUCCACAAGCUGACAAGAGAAAACUGUCAGCUUUUACAGACAGACAAAAAAGAAUCGGAGAAGUUGGAACAGCAAGAUGAUGAAGUGACGAUGGUUCAGGUUAAAGAGCAAGGCCAGAGUGUGCUGGUGCUGAAGAAAGUAGCAAGCUGUGGCCCAGCCCCCACCACGGGGAGUACAGAGAGCGACGCGAGAUAUGUGGUGGUGUCUGGGACCCCGGAGAAAAUCUUGGAGCACCUUUUGAAUGACUUGCACCUGGCAGAGGUUCAGCACAAAGAAACAGAGACACUCCUUGACGACUUCCUCCUCACGUACACCGUAUUCAUGACAACUGAUGACUUGUGCCAGGCUCUGUUAAGACACUAUUCUGCUAAGAAGUAUCAAGGGGAAGAAGAAAACUCAGAUGUCCCUUGUCGGAAGCGCAAGGUCUUGCAUCUGGUUUCCCAGUGGAUUUCUCUGUACAAGGACUGGCUUCAUGAAGAUGAACAUUCAAAAAUGUUUCUAAAGACCAUAUACAGGAACGUGCUGGAUGACGUGUAUGAGUAUCCGAUUCUUGAGAAAGAGCUCAAAGAGUUUCAGAAGAUACUUGGCAUGCAUCGCCGUCACACCGUUGAUGAAUACUCACCACAGAAGAAGAAUAAAGCCCUUUUCCACCAAUUCAGUCUUAAGGAGAACUGGCUUCAGCACAGAGGAACUGUGGCUGAAACAGAGGAAAUUUUUUGCCACGUGUAUAUAACGGAACAUUCCUACAUCAGUGUGAAGGCAAAAGUUUCUAGUACAGCCCAGGAGAUCCUGAAGGUCGUGGCUGAGAAGCUGCAGCGUGCCGAAGAGGAUCUGGCUCUGGUGGCCAUUACGUUCUCUGGAGAAAAGCAUGAAUUUCAGCCAAAUGACUUGGCCAUUUCCAAAUCCCUGGAGGCAUCUGGUCGGAUAUACGUCUACCGGAAAGAUCUGGCUGACACUCUGAAUCCUUUGGCAGAAAAUGAGGAAUCCCAGCAAAGGUCGACAAGGAUCUUGGGAAUGAACACUUGGGACCUGGCUCUGGAAUUAAUGAGUUUUGAUUGGAGUCUGUUCAACGCAAUCCACGAGCAAGAGCUGAUCUACUUCACAUUCAGCAGACAGGGGAGCGGAGAGCACACUGUGAACCUCAGCCUUCUGCUCCAGAGAUGUAACGAGGUCCAGCUCUGGGUAGCUACGGAGAUUCUGCUCUGCAGCCAGCUAGGCAAGCGUGUGCAGCUGGUGAAAAAAUUCAUCAAGAUUGCUGCUCAUUGCAAAGCUCAACAGAACCUAAACUCUUUCUUUGCCAUCGUGAUGGGUCUCAACACCGCCUCUGUCAGCCGGCUGUCACAGACCUGGGAGAAAAUCCCUGGGAAGUUUAAGAAACUUUUCUCUGAACUUGAGAGUUUAACGGAUCCUUCCCUAAACCACAAAGCCUACAGGGAUGCAUUCAAAAAGAUGAAGCCGCCAAAAAUCCCUUUCAUGCCCUUAUUGCUUAAAGAUGUAACAUUUAUUCAUGAAGGAAAUAAAACAUUCUUGGAUAAUCUCGUCAAUUUUGAAAAGCUGCACAUGAUUGCAGACACUGUCCGAACCCUGAGACACUGCAGGACUAACCAGUUUGGAAGCGACGUGUCUCCAAAGGAGCAGCAGGAGCUGAAGUCCUAUGUCAACCACCUAUAUGUCAUCGACAGCCAGCAAGUCCUGUUUGAGCUCUCUCACAGGCUGGAGCCUCGAGCCUGAGCUGGUGCCAAUCUGCCCUGCAUCUGCAACACUCGGAGCAAGCGACGGCCUCCGUUCAGCAUGUUACUUCCUGCAAGAAAAGAGGUUGCUGAGUUUUAUCAGCAUACCGUGAGACAAGUGCAGGAAAGCCAGCCAGAGCACGUUCAGGAAGUGAUGUCAGCCAGCAGAGGCGGGAAAGCUUCCCCCAACUGCUUGUCAGGGAGAAGACAGGAGUCAGAGCAUCCUUGGAACAGGGUGUUCCUUACAAUGACGAUUUCAUUCCUGUCCAAGUUUUAGCUUAUGAUGUGUCGGCAUUAGGAGGGGAUUGUUCAUACAGCAGGAAGGACUGUCACUCUGCUUGGUCACCUUACUGCUGAUUGGCUAUUAAGAGACUGGAACACCUGUGGACAGCAAAGGCAUCUCCAGCCUCCAGAUGUCCAGGAAGAGGAGAGGCCUUUGUUGCUAUAAACUUAACAUCACCCUGGAGGGGAUGUCCUUCUGUGCAAAUAAGAAAUGCCUGGCACACACUUCUUUGCAUCCACAAUCAUUUACCAAUGUAUACACAGAUGAACUAGUUUCUGUACCACUGAUGUACUUCUGUGAGCAAGGUAGACUGGGUUUCUCAACCAAUAAGGAGCUUGGCAUUGUUCAUUUUCUAUGAACUUCCUUUAGAUAUAUUUUUGUUGUUGUUGAGUGCAAUUUUCAGAAAAACACAGGGCCUGGAUCGUGGGUACUCAGUGUCAUCUUACUGGGAUGACAGAAUUUCCAGUUUCUGCAUUCUGGUGUCUGAGGGAGCCUUGGUGUCUGACAUUACUCCACCAGGCUCCUUGCCUACAGGAUGCAGAACAUCAGCCCGUGAGGGAGGGUGAAUGAAGCUGAGUAUAUGAAGUUUAACAGUUAGCUUGCUAGACUCAGUAACUGAAAAGUAUCCAGAGAUGCCUAAAAUCUCACUUACUUGGGGAGUCAGAUCCCCGUCUACUUCCCAAGUAAAGCCAGGUUAUUCUGCGGUUUGCCUUUUACCUUCUCAUUCUUUGUUUUUACAAAUUGGGCCUCAUAUACCAAAUAAGACCUCUUAGAAUUCUCAAGGACUGGUUAGAGGAUUUUCCUGAAUCCUCAAGUAAGCAAAAAGCUUGUGGUUAAAACAAGCCUGCUCUCCCACAAGCUAGACACUAGUUCCUUCACUGUGUGCAAAUCCCCGUCUGAGUAUUUGGUCUGUGCAUUUGCAGUCUUGAGUAUGGGUAUGCUGUUCACACCCUUGGGGGUCGGGAGUGGAAGGCUGUGUCCACACAGACCUGCCGCUUACUCUCUUCAGCACCUGGUCUAUUCUCAUUACCAAGGUCUGAGCUAUGCCCAUUGCUACCUGACUUCCUGGGAGCUAUGCUGUUCCCUGGUCUUGGACCAGGGAAACCCUGUUUCUACAGGCCUGAGACACUGCUCAAAGGAACUAUAUGGGAAAACCUUGGUAGAGUUUUCAGAGAGAUUGCAUCUGAUCUAGCAUGCAAAAAUCUCAGCUGCAGAAACAUACAGGAGAUUAUAGAAACACCCCCAACUAAGGGUGAUUCACUCAGAACAUGUUUCACAGGUCUGAGGGCUGGUGCAUGAAACCAGAGCCACAGAACCAGAGAGCAGGCUGUCCUGAUGUGAGGACAAGCACAGCCUCUGAGGACAGCACACACUUACAGCACAAACACAUGUCUUCCCUCCAAGCUAACAACUGGCACUGGGCUAGUGUAUCAUACCAAGCCAUUUUGACAUUGUCUGAGUUCUAACUGAGGGCAUUAACACUAGCUGUACGUUACUUCAAGCAGAGCCUUACCUUUAGAACUCAUCGUAGAUGGAGAUCUGUUUCAGUAGAACACUGCCUGUCUAGGCUCCAGCUCGGCUGGUCUACACAAGCCACACACGGCUGCAUCAUGCUUAGCACACUAGAGAAAUCUGCAGGACAUGAAUGGGAAUAGUCCUGCAGAGCAUGGGAUGAGACUGCUUUUCCCUCCAAAACAAAAGUCAGAUGGGAUUUCGUUUUCCCAUUCUGUCUCUUUAAAAACUCUCUAAAUCCUUCUCAACUUUAACACCAUGUUAAAGGGAUUUCUCAGGCAGCACAUUUAGGAACUUCAGAAGCUUCACAGAUACUUAAAUCUAAAACUAAAGAAAAUUUCAGAACGAUCAAACCCUGUUUCCACAGGCUCUUCCUAAGGAAUCCAAGCAGUGUAUAGAUGUCGACAGGAGUCGGCACUCCUAUGCAUAGGAUAACCCGGCUCCUUCUCCAAAGCCUCCAAGCUGUUCCGAGACUCAGUGCUACUGUCCUUGAAGAGUGGACCAGAAGAUGUCUAAGGUCUCUCUGGUUCUCCUUUGGAUUUUUAUGAUUUCAUGAAUCUCCAUUCCCUCCCUUGACCUUGUAUAAUUGGCAUCUUCGUCAGUGAGUGAUACCUGGACCUCUUUCUGUUGACAACAUAGCCCUCCAAGGGGUUCCAUGGGUCUUUGGAUUCUGUUCCUGCAAAGGAGCUCUGCUUGCAAGUUCCUACCAGAGUCAGAACACAAGUCUAUCUAGGGAGAGUCAUAAACUUUCCAAACAUUUCCAAGGAUUUGCACACACAUUUGCAGAUGUCCCACGGCCUCCAAGUGUGAACUUGCCGAAUGGUUACUGUAGCACACGGCGUAACCCAAGCUCUACCUUUUCUAGUAUCCUUAAUUGCAUUGAGAAUAAAUUCCUUUCCCUACUCCAAUAGCUACAAACAAGCAGUGUGACACAUACUUUGAACUUAGAGGCAUAAGAAUAAAGUCCUACACCUCCUAGUUUGUAGGGAGGUAUUUCAUAGACAGACAGUCAUUUGAGUGAGGAAGUGUGGUAUGGACACGUGGCUGCUUGUGGAGACUUCUUAUCUGGGAGCUCUCGUGGCUGCCUGAGAGCCAGCCCUGUGGUUUUGCACAGACAACACCUGCACUGCAAAGCCUGAACCAAACGGCACAACCCACACAAGCUUAUCAGAAUUGGGCGAAAUCAUUAAGUUUAGAAGACAAGGGCCACUGUAGCUGUCCAGCAUAGAAUUUCUUCUCAACCUCAAAGACAUGUCCCUGAAAUUUCAGCCCUCUCAUUACUGAGUGGGCCAGUUUUGCUCUAGAGAUAAUACAUUUUGAAAAUUGCCAAAAAAAAAAAAAAAAAAAGUCAGAAGAAAUGUACUGUUGUAUAAAGCAAAGCUGUAUAUACUAAGCAUUUUUAGCAGAGUAAUAUUUAUUUGCAUAGCCUAUUUAUUGUAUUACGCUGUUAUUAAAUACCAGGAUGGAAUCAAUGACCAGAAGCAAGGACUCUUGCCUUUGGAUGUGUCAUUGCUUAGGACCGGCGUGAUGCUGUCAGCUUGGGAUAACAAUUAGAAGAUCGAGAGCCCACAGGCCGGGCAUCUACCUAACUUCUCAGGGACUACACCUUGUAGUUUUCCACCAUUGUAAGAGCUGGUAAAUAUGAAGCAUUUGUUGAAUUACCAGACUACCAUUGACAGUGUUUGAUUUCUCAUAGCUCUUGCUUUCUGCCUCUGUGUAUAUGACCGUGCUGUGUAUUUAUCGAAGUAGGAAGCAAUAAUUUAUAUGUAAAAAAAAAUGGCCAAGCAAUAUAAGGUUAAAAACUUACAUGAGUAACCAUUACCUUAUCUUGUAUUUUCAAGUGUUUUUUAAAUCUGCUUUUCCAAAUAUAAGACUAUGUUAAAGAUA